AUGGCUCACAUUGCACCGCUAGCCCAGCCUAUCACGCUCAAAUUAUCCGGGAAAACUAUCAAAAAUCGUCUUUACCGCACGCCCCUGAGCGAAUACGCUUCGGCCUUUGACGAAGAAAACGUUGAAAACUGUGGAAAGCCUCUUCCAAGAUACGCAGAGCUCUAUCAAGAACUUGCGGACGGCGGCGCUGGCCUCAUUUGUACAGGCAACAUUCCUAUCCAUCGCGACAAUCUUGAAAACUACAACAAUGCAGUCCUUGAUAUCAACAACCCUUGGGAUCCUGUGGAGGCUUUCCGUCCGGCGGUGCAAGCCGCCAAAUCCCGAGGCGCGAUAUUCCUUCCGCAGCUUCAGUUUCCUGGUCACCAGGUACCUGAAUUUCUGAAUGCCAACCCCAAGUCUUCCUCUGCGGAGCAGUUGCAGCCUUGCUUGAACAAGACUUAUGGGAAGCCGACUCCUUUGACAAAAUUGGAAAUCAAGGACUUGCAAGCCCGCUACGUAUGGGCGGCGGAGGUCCUAGCAAAAGCUGGAGCAGAUGGAAUCAUUCUGCAUGCGAGUCAUGGAUAUAUCAUGCAGCAAUUCUUGUCACCACUGACCAACAAACGAACGGAUGAGUAUGGUGGAUCGCUUGAGAAUCGGGCUCGAUUUAUUCUCGAGAUCGUCAAUUCCAUUAAAGCAAAGCUGCCACUAGACAAGUUUGUCAUUGCCGCCAAACUAAAUUGCCACGACUUUAUCAAGGAUGGCACCAGUUUUGCGGAACAGUGCGUUGUCAUAAAAUGGCUCGAGGAAGCUGGCGUGGAUUUUUUUGAUAUUUCAGGCGGAACAUAUGCAUCGCCAGCCUGGAGAGGCAAUAUCAUGAAAGAGCUUGCGGAGAGACCCUCACAAAAGGCAAGGGGAAGCUAUUUCAUUGAGUGGGCACAAGAAAUGAAGAAAGUAUUGUCUCGCGCGGUCAUUGGAACGACUGGUGGUUGGCGCGAUAGUCACUGCAUGGCGAAAGCUGUGGAACAGGGUGAUGUUGAUAUGAUUGGGCUGGGAAGACCCCUUCGAGAAGACCCUGCUUUUGUCAACAAAGUACUCCGUGGUGAUAUCAGAAGAAGUAACUUGUGA